AUGUCUUUCCAUCCCAACUACUAUUUGAAUGGGUUGAAUUUGGAGUAUGAUGAAGAUACCACCAACGCCCUAAGCAACAACAACAAUCACAUGUUUUCCCCUUCGUCCAGUGGUAACCAUGAUUUAAUCACUGAAGAAGAUAUUCAACAACACCUUGACUUGUUCAGUGGAGCAGCUAAUGAGUUUUAUUCAUUGGAUGUUAUUGGAGACAAUACUGUUGUGCCAAUGAAACCAGUACAACAGCAUCCUCAUCAACCCCAAUACAAAGAGUCAUUUGCUACACCUAAUCAUCCACAAACAGUCAAUGUUAGUGUACCACCAGCCCAAGACAUUGCGUUUACUGCCAACACAGCUACUAUUCCAUCCCCACAUUCAGUAGCGUCUACUCCUUAUACUCCAUCCGUGUAUACCAAUGCACCAGCUGCGACUGUUGCAUCUGGCGCAGCAGGAACUUUACUGUCGUCGUCUCAUAGCUCACUCGAAGACAAGAAGAAGAGAAAUACUGCAGCCAGUGCAAGAUUCAGAAUCAAGAAGAAGUUGAAGGAACAAGAGAUGGAAAGAAAAGCCAGGGAAUUGGAAGAAAAAGUGGCAGCAUUGGAAAAAAAGUUGAAAACUAUGGAAAUGGAAAACAAGUGCUUAAAGAGUAUAAUAUUUCAACAAAAUGAACAAAAAAAUAUCGAUUUGCUUGAGUCGAUAAAGAGAAAGUCCAUUCUCGAUAGCAAAUCAAAUUUUGAAUACACUGUUUAA